AUGGCAGGAACAGGAAAAGGAAAGAAAGACCCAGCAUCAGCAAAGAAAAUAAGCAACCACAACAAGCCAGUAUUUAAAACAGCACAGCUCCACAGAAUGAUCAGAGAGAAGACAAAGAUGAGAGUCUCUCACAAGGCAAUUGUAGCCCUUGGGUCAGUCACAGAGUACACCCUUGGAGAAAUAAUCGAAGCAUCCAAGAUGAUCUGCGAUGAAGAAAACAAGAGAAAGAUUGUCUCAAGACACCUUGCAAUAGCAAUAAGAAAGGAUGAAGAGCUUUACUCACUCGGCCGUAACUGGCUCAUCAAGGAGGGAGGAGUCUGCCCAUCAUCCCAGCUCGAAUCAAAAACAAAGAGUGACAAAACCAAGGCAGUUUCCCAACAGGAACUCUAA